AUGUGUUUGAACCCGGUGAUCGACAAACAGGACUUUGAGGAAAGGUUCAUCGGCACUGCUGACCUUGAGUCCGGAGACUUCGACUACAUCGUGGUGGGCGCCGGCAGCGCGGGCUGCCCCCUGGCCGCGCGGCUGGCGAAGAGCGGCGCCUCGGUGCUGCUGCUGGAGGCGGGCGGUGAAGCACAUCGCAGCAGGGAAGUGCAGAUGCCGAAGAGGAUGUAUGGACUGUGGCAAUCCGAGGUGGAUUGGGGUUUCCGCUCCGUGCCUCAAGAGCAUUUGCUGCCCCGGGGCCGUGUCAUCGAUUUGGAGCGCGGCAAAACCUUGGGGGGCAGCAGCGCCAUCAACUACAACAUGUGGGUCCGCGGUGCACCGGAGGACUACGAUCGCUGGGCCGAGGAGUUUGGCUGCAGUGGCUGGAGUUACAAAGAGGUCCUGCCACACUUCAAAUCCAUAGAAUCCCUGGAGGGCUACGAUCAGCGCUAUCGAGGUGACUCGGGCCCUGUGAAGGUGGCUCAAACAUUUCCACCCAUGGAGGAAGUGCAGGACUUCAUGAGGGCCUGCGAAGCCACUGGGGCCGAGCGCAACCCUGACUACAACGCCGCCAAGCUGCCGGGCGCAGGACUCACCCAGUUCAACACCGCACAAGGUGGGCGUGAAGAUUGUUUCUCCGCCUUCAUCGAACCUCUGCUGAGGUGGUAUCCCAACCUGCGUGUGGCUUCAGAAACCUUUUGCCACAAGGUGGUCCUAGAGGAGUCGGAGGGUCAGGCGCCACUGGGCGAGGUGCGUGCCACGGGUGUUGUUUUGGAGCUCCGGAGUGGUCAGAUCAUCACGGUGAAGUGCAGGCAUGAGGUGAUCUUGUCCGCCGGUGCCGUCUUGACGCCUCAGCUGCUGAUGUUGAGCGGCAUUGGAGAAAAGGAACACCUCAAGGAGCAUGGCAUCCCAUGCCUUCGCGACUUGCCGGUUGGGCAAAACAUGCAGGACCAUCCCUUUGUGCCCUCGGCCUUGCUGGGCCACGCACGGACUGCCGAGGCCACAGGUGCACAGUACCGAAACAGCAGUGGCAUGAAUGCCCACCUCUUUUGGCAGUCCGAUCUGGACAAAAAGCGGGAAAAGAAACUGAAACGAUCCUUGGGCGCCGACAUUCAGAUCAUCUUCGUGAAUCGGCCAGAUCCCAGCAUGGGUCUGAAAACCGGGCUCUUUCUGGCGGGGCAGAAACUCUUCGGAUCUCUUAGCCCCGACUAUCGCAGUGACUACAAGCUGGCGGCGAGUGCGGUGGCCUCUCUGAUGAGAUCUCUGCUGAAGCUUCAGUCUGUGCGUGAAGCCUUUACGGCAAGAUUCUUCUCGCUGACCAUUGUCAAUAACCACAACCAGAGUCGUGGAACGGUUCGCCUCAGGUCUGCCGAUCCCCAUGAGCCGCCACUGAUCGAUCCCAAGCAUUUCUCAGAUCCGGAGGACCUUGAAGCCUUCGUUCAGGGCUACAGGCGAAUGAUGGCGGUCCUGAAGCACGACAGCAUGACGAAACACAUGGACCCUACGGGCGUGGUGCCACUUCCGAGUGCAGAUGGUCCACAGGAAGAGAUCGAGAACUAUAUCUUGAAGAACUCUCAGACCACCUGGCAUUACUCUUGCACCACACCCAUGGGAGCCGUUGGAGAUCCCAAAGCUGUUUGCGACCCCGAAGGCCGUGUUCAGGGUGUGCGCAACUUACGUGUCUGUGAUGCAGGACUGAUGCCCGUGAUCCUUGGCGGUCGCCUUUGUAGGGCUCCAAGGGGCGCAACUUAG